GACCCACGACCCCUCGCUCCAUCGAUCAAAGGAGUUCGCUCACGCCAUCGGCCAUCCUCCCGCCCCCGCCCCCGCCCGCGCGCGGCUUCCGAUCUCGCGACCAGCCGAGACGAGACCCUCCACCAACGCACCAGCAGCACGCACGCCUUUGCCCCGCGCCACCCACCACCACCACCCUCUCGCCCACCGCGCCUCGCCAUGAUCUUCUAGCUCCACCGGCACGGUAGCCGCUCGAGCUUCUUCUCGCCAGCCAUGAAGCCGGCCGGCAUGGCCGAGUACCACCACCACCCGGACUCGCCGCGCGCGGCCCAGCGCCGGCGCCUCGUCCUCGUGCUGGCCCCGCUGCUGCUCUUCCUCGCGGCCGCGCUCUCCUUCCCCUCGGCGCUCCGCCUGCCCGCCCUGCGCUUCCCGCCGCGCGUGCCCCCGGCGGCGUCCCACCACCGUCGUUCCCCGCUGCGCCGAGGGCGCGUGGCGGUGUGCCUGGUGGGCGGGGCACGGCGGUUCGAGCUGACGGGCCCGUCCAUCGCGCGGCACGUGCUGGCCUCCCCGGCGCUCCACGGCCGCGCGGUCGACGUGUUCCUGCACAGCCCGCUGGACGCCGACGCCUACAAGUUCUCCCUCCUGGCGCGCGCCGUCGGCAAGGAGACGGAGACGGGGACGAGGCUGGCCGCCAUGCGGGUGUUCCGGCCGGAGCCCGUGGAGGAGACCCCCGACCGCGCCCGCGUGCUCACCGCCGCCAACUCCCCCAACGGCAUCCAGGGCCUGCUCCAGUACUUCGGCCUGGUGGAGGGCUGCCUGGACCUCAUCCGGGAGCGCGAGUCCCGAGGCAACUUCACGUACGCCUGGGUCCUCCGCACCCGCGUCGACGGCUACUGGACGGCGCCGCUGGCCGCCGCCGACGCCCUCCCGCGCUCCGACGCCGUCUACGUCGUCCCGGAGGGCUCCUCGUUCGGCGGCCUCAACGACCGGCUCGGCGCCGGGCGCCGGCAGGCCUCGGCGGCCGCGCUGUCCCGCGUCUCCAUGCUGCCCCGCCUCGACGCGGCCGGGUACAGGGACCUCAACUCGGAGGCGUCGUUCAAGGCGCAGCUGCAGGUGGCCGGCGUGGCGGCGCGGGAGCGGCGGAUGCCCUUCUGCGUGCUCAGCGACCGCCGGUACGACUUCCCGCCGGCCGGGUUCGGCGUGCCCGUGGCGUCGAUCGGGAGCCCCGGCCCGCUCAGCGGCGCCAAGUGCCGCCCGUGCCGCCGCCCCGUGGCCUGCGGCCCCGGGGACGAGGAGGAGGACGAGGAGGAGUGCGCGGUGGCGCGGCUGGACCGGGCGUGGAGCUGGACCGAGUGGCGGAACGGGACGCUGGAGCUGUGCGACGCGAGCGGGCCGUGGGAGCACGGGUGGGAGGAGGUGUUCGACAAGGCCGCCGGCCAGGAGGCGGCCGCGGAGCGCCGGAGGGUCGCGGGGAUGGGACUCGAAGAGUGCGUGGCGGAGAUGGAGGCGCUCAGGGCGCGGACCGACCGCUGGGACGCCCCGAGCUCCGACGAGAUCUGCCGCCUCGGCCUCGCGCCGGCGAGCCGCUCCGACUCGUCCUCCUCUUCUGCUGCUUCCUCCUCAGACAGAGACAGUAAACAACAGCUAAUCGAACAGCCUUAGACUUCUUCUUCUACUUGGUGAACAUUUGUACAAAAUCUACAGGGAUUCAUUAGCGACCGGCAACGAAUGCACAAGAGAUAGAAUCAGUUCAGCUCGAGAGUCCUGUUUGUACGUAAUUUGUAGCGGCAGGAAUUUCGCGGGCAUUUUGCAUGUGAAUAGUUUCAUUUGACGCAAAAACAGUAUAAUUCAAUUGAAGCUAACUCGAUGUGCCAUGGAAGCA